AUUUUAUGGUCAUUUAUAAUAAAAAUGAUAAAAAUGGAAAAAUUAAGAAAGAACAAAUAACGAAGAAUGGAAAGAAUGAAGGAAAUAGAAAUGAAGAAGAAAAUAGUAAAAAAAGAGGUGUGUUAAACGAAGUGUUUGAUGGGGCAGCUAGUUGGUGGACUCAAGGUCUAGGACAUGGUUCAUCAAAAUUAGCAUUGACUGCUUCUCACGCAGCCGGUCGUUAUGGUCAUGUAUUAUUUCCUGAGUCAAUAAAUGAGCCAGCAUUAUUGCUUUCUCAAACAUUAUUAAGAACUGUAGGGAAUAAGUGGGCGACACGUGUUUUUUAUUCUGAUAAUGGCAGUACAGCGAUGGAAGUUGCCUUAAAGAUGGCAUUAAAAUCUAGCUCAUUGAAAUAUAAUUUUGAUGAGGAUUUGAAAAUUUUGGGUUUGAACGGUAAUUAUCAUGGAGAUACUAUUGGAGUUAUGGACGCAUGUGGGCCUAAUAUUUAUAAUCAGCAAGUUGUAUG